CUCUGUGUCCACAAUCAGAAGUCACCAAGAUGCCCAUCUGUGAAAAAGCCCCCCCGAAGAUGGCAGCAAAAAGUCCGGGCAGUGAGGAGGAGCCUGGGCUGCCCAAACUCCCUGUGCCCCCGCUGCAGCAGACCCUGGCCACCUACCUGCGGUGCGUGCAGCACCUGGUGCCCCAGGAGCAGUUCAGGAGGAGCCAGGCCAUCGUGCAGCAGUUUGGGGCCCCUGGCGGCCUCGGCGAGACCCUGCAGCAGAAGCUGCUGGAACGGCAGGAGAAGACUGCCAACUGGGUGUCCGAGUACUGGCUGAACGACAUGUAUCUCAACAAUCGCCUGGCCCUGCCUGUCAACUCCAGCCCAGCUGUGAUCUUUGCCCGGCAGCACUUCCAAGACACCAAUGACCAGUUAAGGUUUGCCGCCAACCUCAUCUCCGGUGUGCUCAGCUACAAGGCCCUGCUGGACAGCCACUCCAUCCCCACCGACUGUGCCAAGGGCCAGCUAUCAGGGCAGCCGCUCUGUAUGAACCAAUACUAUGGGCUCUUCUCCUCCUACCGGCUCCCCGGCCACACCCAGGACACACUGGUGGCCCAGAAGAGCAGUGUCAUGCCUGAGCCAGAGCACGUCAUUGUGGCCUGCUGCAACCAGUUCUUUGUCUUGGAUGUUGUGAUUAAUUUCCGCCGUCUCAGUGAGGGGGAUCUGUUCACUCAGUUGAGAAAGAUAGUCAGAAUGGCUUCCAACGAGGAUGAACGCUUGCCUCCAAUCGGCCUGCUGACGUCAGACGGGAGGAGCGAGUGGACAGAGGCCAGGACGGUCCUCAUGAAAGACUCCACCAACCGGGACUCUCUGGAUAUGAUCGAGCGCUGCCUCUGCCUGGUGUGCCUGGACGCCCCUGGAGGCAUGGAGCUCAGUGACACCAACCGGGCACUCCAGCUCCUCCACGGCGGGGGCUGCAGCAAGAACGGGGCCAACCGCUGGUACGACAAGUCCCUGCAGUUCGUGGUGGGCCGAGACGGCACCUGUGGCGUGGUGUGUGAACACUCCCCUUUCGAUGGCAUCGUCUUGGUGCAGUGCACGGAGCACCUGCUCAAGCACAUGGUGAAGACCAGCAAGAAGAUGGUCCGAGCUGACUCGGUCAGCGAGCUCCCAGCACCCAGAAGGCUGAGGUGGAAAUGCUCCCCGGAAAUUCAAGGCCUCUUAUCCUCCUCAGCAGAAAAACUUCAACAAAUAGUAAAGAAUCUCGACUUCACCGUUUAUAAGUUUGAUGACUACGGGAAAACAUUCAUUAAGCAGCAGAAAUGCAGCCCCGAUGCCUUUAUUCAGGUGGCCCUCCAGCUGGCCUUCUACAGGCUCCACGGGAAACUCGUGCCCACCUACGAGAGCGCCUCCAUCCGCCGGUUCCACGAGGGACGGGUGGACAACAUUCGAUCGGCCACGCCGGAGGCGCUGCGUUUUGUGAAAGCCAUCGCUGACCACCACACAGCCGCCGUGCCGGAUUCAGAGAAGCUGCUGCUCCUGAAGGACGCCAUCCGAGCCCAGACGGAGUACACAGUCAUGGCCAUAACAGGGAUGGCCAUCGACAACCACCUGCUGGGGCUGCGGGAGCUGGCCCGGGAAACGUGCGAGGAGCUGCCCGAGAUGUUCACGGAUGAAACGUACCUGAUGAGCAACCGCUUCGUGCUCUCCACCAGCCAGGUGCCCACCACCAUGGAGAUGUUCUGCUGCUACGGUCCCGUGGUGCCCAAUGGGUACGGUACCUGCUACAACCCCCAGCCAGAGAGCAUCCUUUUCUGCAUCUCCAGCUUCCACAACUGCAAGGAGACAUCGUCAACCAAGUUUGCAAAAGCUGUGGAAGAAAGCCUCCUUGAAAUGAGACGCCUCUGCAGUCUGCCACUGUCUGCCACAGGCAAGCCACCGGCAACAAAGGAAAAAGUAACAAGGCCCAGUCAGGGGCACCAACCCUGA